UUGGCGAUCAGAAAAGCAGCCGCCGCGAUCGCGAUCCGCUGGCAUUUGGGCUGGGCGAGCUGAGCAGAGCGAGCGUCAAGUCGCGACGGUUCCACCAGUAUAAACUCUGGCAUUCAAGCAUCAAGCAUCUGUUUUUGUUUUCGUUCGCGUUAUUUUUUUCUGUUGUUGUAAGUGAGCGAUUCAUCGAUCGGUAAACAAAGCGAUCAGCGCCAUCAAGUGAGAAACAACCAACCGGAGCAACUGCAUCAAGAAGAAGGAAGGAGCACGCACAACCAUGGAGGUCUACACAUCGGACAGCUCGGACACAGAUUCGCGGGACCAAAAGACCCUGGACUUUGGCCGCAUGAGCCUGGACCUCAUCACCCUGGAGGAUCACCUUAGUUCGCCCCAGAAGGGUCUGCUCAAGGCCAGCGGCGAUAUCGAGACCAUGCUGCUCAAUCACAACCGUCUGGUGGGUCUACCACGGCUCCUGCAGCAGUUUGCCAACCUAAAAGUUCUGGAUUUGAGCUCCAAUGCCAUUACCUCGCUGCCGGAUGCCGUCUGCCAGCUGCCGCUGGUCACCCUGAUUGCCAAGAAUAACCUGCUGACCAACGGUUCGCUGCCCAAGUCGCUGCUCUCCAAGCUGGCCGGUGGUUCCACGCUCAAGGAGCUCAAUUUGAGCGGCAACCAGCUGACCCACUUCCCCGAACAGGUCACCGAGCUGCGUCAGCUGAAGUAUCUCUAUGUCGGCGGCAAUAAGAUCUCCAGCAUUUCGAAGGAUAUUUGGAAGAUGCAAAGCCUGCACGUUCUGUCCCUGGGCGGUAACCUGAUCAGCGAGGUGCCCGAGGCGGUGGGCUCUCUUAGCCAGCUGCAGGCCCUGGUGCUCUGCGACAACCUGAUCGAGAUACUGCCGACGAGCAUUGCCCGUCUGAAGAACCUCAAGUCGUUGCUGCUUCACAAGAAUCGUCUGCGGCAUUUGCCCAAGGACAUUGUGGCGCUAAAGAACCUGACGGAGUUGAGUUUGCGCGACAAUCCGCUGGUGGUUCGCUUCGUCCAGGACAUGGCCUUGAAGCCACCCACCCUGCUGGAGCUGGCUGGGCGCAUAGUGAAGGCCAGCGGCCAGCGACCAGGACCGUACGACAUACCAAGGACACUGGCCGAGUACCUGAAUAGCGCCAACUGUUGUGUGAAUCCCAAUUGCAAGGGUGUCUUCUUUGACAAUCGGGUCGAGCACAUCAAGUUUGUGGACUUUUGCGGCAAGUACCGUGUCCCAUUGCUGCAGUACCUCUGCUCCUCUAAGUGCAUCGAACCGGAGCUGCCAGCGCGCGGAUCAGUAACGGCGUCGGCGAGCACUACCAAUGCCAGCAGCGGCUUCAUGAUGCGCAAGGUGCUGCUGGGCUAGAUCCCGGCCCCGGCAUCGGCCCGGCCCAUUCCGGCUCCUGGCCAUAUCAUCCGGAACGAGCAUCGACCGGAUCGAGAUUCCGAUCGAUUUUGGGGUAGCGGAAGCGGAAGCCGAAGCGGAACGGAGCGGAGCGGAGAGGAGCAGCUGCUGUUGUUGAUGAUGAAUGAUGAAUUAUGAUAUCGGAUCGGAACGGAAAUGGAGGCGGAUGAUCCACGCUUUCGCUCCGGCUAUGGAGUCGCAGGGCCCGCCCCCCGCUGGAAUCCCCAUUGGCUUCACACACACACACACACACACACGUUAUCAAAUCCAAUUUGAACUAUAUAGUUACCAUAAGCUUGAUUACGACCUGCUUGUUUGCCGGCCAGUUUCCUCCUUGUUUCUGUACUGUUUGUUUUGCCUGCCUGUUUGUUAUCCACCAACUUAUACAAUCCAUACCAAAGAGUAGUCUUCCCUU